UAAUUUGAAAAGGUUGGCGAGUCUAUUUCCCCAACUUACGCCUGCGAUCAAGCCUAGUGCUUGACUCGCUCUCCCCUCAAUCCAAACCAAUCAUCCAAUGCUACCCCUUCAAGCUACCGCAUCUUAGCCCAUUUCUUCUAAUCAAUCCAACUAUAUUUCGGACAUUUUCUUCAUCUGGGUUCCUUUUCCGACCACUCUUCUCAACUGGGUAUGUUUCAAUUUUCCCAUUUUCGAUUCUUUGACCCAUUUUCAUAAUUGGGUUUUUAUUGAUUGGUCAUAAACUUUGAUUCUUUUAUUGUGGGAUUGUAUUGGUUUUGUGAUUAAUCUCUUGUUGAUCUGAUCUGUACUUUUUGACAUUAUUAAUUCUCAAAGUUUGGAUCUUUCUAUUGGUUGAAGGAUCUUGCGGUUACUAGAUGAAGAUGUUUGUUUUGAUAUUGCUCAAAUUUUAGUUUGUGGGUUGAUCUAAAUUGUCUGUCAGAAAUAGUGAAAUAUCCAUUUUUUGGGACAUUGAUUUGCUUUUAUGCUGAUAAUUUGGGUGGAGAGUUGGAGUAUGAUGUGAUCUUGAUACAUUGGGAUAUAUAUGAUACAUCCAUGUUUGAAUUUGAAGCAGUGAACCUCAAUUUUCUGAUCUUGAUUGUUUUGGGGUUGAUUGAUUUGGGUUUAUGAUAAGAGUAGGCCAUGGAGAAUCUACCUGUUGAAGUGGUUGGAAACAUACUGUCCCGCCUCAGGGCUGCUAGGGAUGUGGUGAUUGCAUCUGCAACAUGCCGGAAAUGGAGAGACGCUUUUCGAAAGCACCUCCAUUCUCUAUCAUUCAAUUCCAGUGAUUGGCCUGUUUAUCGUGAUUUGUUGACUAGCCGAUUAGAGAUUUUAAUUACACAGACCAUUUUCCAAACUACUGGGUUGCAAGGUCUUACAAUCCUGAUGGAUGAUGUUGAUGAGUUUUCGGCUUCUACAGUUAUUGCUUGGCUUAUGUAUACCAGGGAAAGCCUGAGAAGAUUGUAUUACAAUGUCAGGACCAGCCCAAAUCUUAACAUUCUUGAUAUUUGUGGGAGACAUAGGCUACAGAUGUUAGCUUUGGCUCACAAUACGAUCACAGGAGUUGAACCUAAUUAUCAAAGGUUUUCUUGCCUCACAUCACUUUCCCUGAGUUAUGUUAGCAUUUCUGCGUUGGAUUUGAACCUUCUCCUAUCCGCUUGCCCAAAACUUGAGACUUUAUCUCUUAUUAAUCCUGAGAUUGCAAUGUCAGAUGCCCAAGUUAGUGUAGAAUUGACCAGUCCUACGCUAAAGAGCAUAUAUAUUGAAGCUAUUAGUUUGGACAAGUUCAUUUUGGAGGCUGACUCUCUUGAGAAUAUGCAUCUGAAAGAUUGUGCCCUCGAUCAAUUCGACCUUAUAGGGAAGGGUACCUUGAAGCGUUUUCAAAUUGAUGAUGUUAGUGUGACACAUCUUGACAUCGGUGAAAUAGCUGAAAAUCUUGAAGUUAUCGAUGUCAGCAACUUCACAAUCAUUUGGCCAAAAUUCUAUCAUAUGAUCUCUAGGUCAGCAAAUUUGAGAGUUCUCCGGCUUUGGGAUGUGGUGUUUGAUGAUGAGGAUGAUAUUGUUGAUUUGGAAACUAUUGCUAUUUGCUUCCCAUAUCUAAGCCAUCUUUCAUUAAGUAAUGACUUAAGGGAUGGUUUGAUUCACUAUGGUCUAGAGGGCUCUUAUGAACUGCAGAGUGUUGUUGUACUGGAAGUUGGUUGGACUGUUCUCAGUGAUGUGUUUUCCCAGUGGGUUGAAGAGCUUUUGCAGAGAUGUCCCAACCUUGAAAAGUUGAUCAUCCAUGGGACUGUUUCCGAUGUAAAAACACAUGAAGAAUGCCAAAUAUUAGCCAAAUUUACUUCCUCCAUUGUUCGGCUAAUGAGGCAGUAUCUGCACGUAAAUGUGUAUUUUGAAUAUGAGUAGGGGAAGCAAUGUGCCAAUGUCACUCUGUGGACACCCAAAUUUUGUGUAUCUAACUACCUUCAGCAAGGAGUUGAGGGAUUUAGUUGGGACUCGGAGCUUAGAUGAGGUACUCCGGAAGCAGCUGGACCUGGGAAGGGGAACAUGCAUGUUAUCUUUCUAGAUGUGUUAAAAGUUAAAACAGGUGUGUUAAGCUUACUAAUUUGUUCCCUCAAAAAAAAACUCUACUGAUUAAUACUCCGUAUAAUGUUGGUGCAUAUAUUGUCUCAGACAGAAUGUACGAUGCUGCAAAUAUAAACUAUUGAUGUGCUGUACUUAAAACGGGUUUAGUUGUUCAGAUGAUAUGCUUAGUGUCUGUUUACUAAUAGUCAGAACUUGGUUGUCACUGUUGAAUAUCUGCUGAAGCUGAUCUAUUGAAAAAUGUCAGACUUUCAUGGCA